UCCAAAUAUCGACCUUUUAUUGCGAAAUAAAAAUGUUGAAAAGAAAGUUAGUCAUUGUUAUAUUUAUUGGAUUUUUUUUGUCGAAUAUAACUGAAGCAGCACCAAAAAAAGAUAAAGGAAAAGGUGUUGCCACAAGUUCUUAUGAUCCGACUAAUGUUUGGACGACGUUUGACGCCCUAGAUAAAUAUGACAAUGAAGUGGUUGAAUAUCAAAUUCGAAACGUACCAAGUGAACGAUUUGAAGAGGCAUUAAAUUUGAGACAAAAACUUCUUGAAGACAAAACAAUAUGUAGAUUUUUGGGUAUUACUAUCAACGAUUCUCAUAUUAAAAAAAGUAGAGCUCAUUGGAAAUCACUGCUAAAUAAAAAUAUGUCAAUUGCCUGUUUUAAUAAUGACGAUGAGAUGGUUGGCUUAGCUAUUUUGUAUAUAGGCAAACAGAUGGAUACGAAGGGCGUAAUAGGCAUACCAACGGUAAGAACAGAUGAAUCAAUGGAAUUUUGA